AUGACUCCGGAGAAGGGAACCCAGCUAGAAAACCUGAAGGCUCGCCGCAUGGAGAUAAAUAACGAACACUACGGAGGUUUCGGCCACGGUGGGUUCAUUGAUUCCAUUCGUGUUGGUGGUGUUGUGAUACCUAACCACAAGAGGGUGGAGUGCGCACUGCAGUCCAUCCAUGGCAUUGGACGGGCACGCGCCCGUCACAUCCUUUCAGAGCUCAAUUUGGAAAAUAAGGUCACCAAGGACCUCUCCAAGGAGGAGAUCAUCACCCUCCGUGAGGGGAUCGCAAAGUACAUGAUUGAAGGAGACCUAAGACGGUUUAAGAGUGCGGCUAUCGAGAGAUUAGAGCGGACUAGAUGCUACAGGGGCAUCCAGCACGAGGAUGUGCUCCUGGUGUGUGGCCAGAGAACAAAGACCAAUGGCAGGACUCACAAGGAAAAGAGGGCUUGAGUUACCAAGAAGUUUUCCGUGACCCUCCUAGGAAUAAUUAGUCAUGCUGCCAUUAUUUAGCUCCCGUUUUUUUUGUUUUCUUUAUACUGCAUUACCGUGCUACUGUUAGUUGACAGUUAAUCAAAUAAUAAAUGCUAGGUGCCUCCCAAUUGGCCUCUACUAGACUUUCCUGAA